GUCCAGGAUGACGACCCGGUUAUGUCGGUUGUGGUUCCCAUGGCCGUUGAUGACCUGAUGAUUCUCAAGGCUACUCUUUGCUUGGGAGCCUCGCAUAUGAUAAAUCACAUAUCAUCCAAUUAUACCGAGGCCAGUAUGUUUGCUGGUGAGAAGCAGAGGUUGCUACAGGAGACGGAAGAGCUCCAAUCCUCGCGAGUAACCGCUCUGCAGGAUCUCGAUAGUGGGACACAGGAAAGAAAAGCAGAGUAUGAAGCCUUGCUUACGAGUUACCUCUUGUUAUAUCUCUACGAGCUUUCAGAAGGGACAGGUGAUGAAUGUUGUCAAGUACGGCUUGACAGGGCUAGGGAUAUCGUUUUCAGCGCGUGGGGGGAACAGCAGGGUGAGCCUGAUGAAGAGGAUGACGAGGAAGAUGAAGGACCGGAUCGUGAAGAGCUGGAGGAACUAGGGUUUGACAGCUUCCUUAUGCAAUUCUUCCUUUACCACGACAUCCUCGCCAGUGUAACGGUUCAACGGCCCAAAAGCAGUUUGAUCAGUUGCAGGCAAGAAGACGCCUCAUCUUCACCCAUGGACGACCAAAAAGAGCAUAUGUUCGGUGUUUAUAAUGGACUUAUCGAUAUUAUCUCACGCAUCGCCUCCCUUCGUUCGGAUGCCACGGCCGCACCAGUUCUUCAAGCAACAGUAAUCACUGAAGCUGUUGGCAUCUGGCAAGAUAUUGACAAUUGGAAUCUCCCUGACGAUGGACUAUCAGACGACUACCGCAAUAUGUGCGAGGCCUGGAUUGCCGCUUCCUUUAUUUGGCUCUUCUCUAUCGUCUAUCCUGACCGAAUUGCCGAUGAGAAAGUGCAAAAUGUGGUCGACAGGGGCUUACAAUGUCUAUCUUCUGUUGAAUUACCGGAUCUACUAUCGUUUGCCCUAUUUCCAGUUCUUGUUAUCGGGAUGGCUUGCAUACAGCAACAAAGCAGAGAAAACAUCGACGAGCAACUAGAUCGUGUCGACAGAUUCCGUCAAUUCCGGAAUGCUCAAGUGUGCAGGAAUAUUAUAAGGUCUGCUUGGGAGGCAUACGAUACAGGAGAUGGGCAUAGCUAGGAUUGGAUUUGACUCAUGGAAGUGCAAGGAACGAAGGUACCAGUUACUUGAGAAUUUCAAAUUAGUAGGGUUAAAUUGAAUAGCUCAUCGCUAACGUUGGC